GUGUUAGCAUAGAGACGCGGAGCUAGAGCGUCAGCCUCCUCGGCCGCAGACAUUUUGGAUCCUGGCAGAAGAUUUGGAAGCGGCUCGGGCCGCUAUCAAGUCAGGCGGCGCCGCCCAAGAGCGUGAGAGCAGAAGAGCUCCCGGGGGAGCGACGGAAGCAAGCGGCGGAGCGGUUCGCGAGGCUUCCCCCGGCAGGACAAGCUUCGGGAGAGUUGCCCACCGCCGCGCCCUCACCUGAGAUGGCGGCUCCGGGGACGCUCUAGGCCGCGUCUCGGCGCUGCCCAGAGGGGGCGGCGUCCUCGCCCCGGGCUCGGAGGCGGCUGAUACGCCGGUGGCGGCGAGCGUGGGUCCCGCCCCAGCCCUCGGCGGCCGCCGCUGCGCGCACCCUCGGGGGCUCCGGCCUGUCCGCGCCCGCGCCGGGGGUCUCGGCGCCCUCGCAGCCGCCCCGCGCCGGCCGGCCGGACGAUGCCCAAGAAGCUGCUGCUGCUGCCGCCGCUCUGCGCGUCCUCGACCCUCCGCGCCCCGCGAGCCCGCCCCGCCGCCCGCCCGGCCAUGAACGCCGCCCGCACCGGCUACCGGGUCUUCUCGGCCAACUCCACGGCCGCCUGCACCGAGCUGGCCAAGCGCAUCACCGAGCGUCUUGGUGCUGAAUUGGGGAAAUCUGUGGUCUAUCAAGAGACCAAUGGAGAAACAAGAGUUGAAAUAAAAGAAUCUGUUCGUGGCCAAGAUAUUUUCAUUAUACAGACGAUACCCAGAGAUGUGAACACCGCUGUGAUGGAGCUGCUGAUCAUGGCUUACGCGCUGAAGACUGCCUGUGCCAGGAACAUUAUCGGAGUCAUCCCGUACUUCCCCUACAGCAAGCAAAGCAAGAUGCGGAAGAGGGGUUCCAUUGUGUGCAAGCUCCUGGCGUCCAUGCUGGCGAAAGCAGGUUUAACUCACAUUAUCACUAUGGAUCUUCAUCAAAAGGAAAUACAAGGCUUUUUCAGCUUUCCCGUGGACAACCUUAGAGCCUCACCUUUCCUGCUUCAGUAUAUCCAGGAAGAAAUUCCAAAUUACAGAAAUGCAGUCAUAGUAGCUAAGUCUCCUGAUGCUGCCAAAAGGGCCCAGUCAUAUGCUGAGAGACUGCGUCUGGGGUUAGCUGUGAUCCACGGAGAAGCUCAGUGUACAGAGCUGGACAUGGAUGAUGGUCGCCAUUCUCCCCCGAUGGUCAAAAAUGCUACUGUCCACCCGGGUCUGGAGUUGCCCUUGAUGAUGGCCAAAGAGAAACCACCAAUAACUGUAGUCGGAGAUGUUGGAGGGCGCAUCGCAAUCAUAGUGGAUGACAUUAUUGAUGACGUGGAAAGUUUUGUCGCUGCUGCGGAGAUCCUGAAAGAGAGAGGUGCUUACAAGAUUUACGUCAUGGCCACUCAUGGCAUCCUGUCUGCAGAGGCCCCCCGCCUGAUUGAGGAGUCCUCCAUUGAUGAGGUGGUGGUGACGAACACUGUCCCUCAUGAGGUGCAGAAGCUGCAGUGUCCCAAGAUAAAGACGGUGGAUAUCAGUCUGAUUCUUUCUGAAGCAAUUCGGAGAAUCCACAAUGGGGAGUCCAUGGCAUACCUUUUUCGAAACAUCACUGUGGAUGACUAAGCUGUCACGGUUGCCUUGACUGAAACUCCCGAGGAAAACAUGUGGAGUGCAGUGCCAUCAACUUCUGUACACGGUGUUUCUUCUCACGGGAGGACUGGAAAUAGCCUGAAGUCAGAUAGUCUCUCGCCAAGUUGGGUAGGUAGGAGGCCUUAAGAUAGUCAAGGGGAAGACAGAGCUAAUGGAAACAUGGCCUUAAAUGUCUGCCAUCGUCCUCCUGUGCCUCAAACAAAAGUUACAGACACCUUUCUGAAAAGAAUCCCCAAAUCUUGCUGAUAUUGAAAAGGAGUUAAAGGCAGAUAGUCUUAACUCUAAUACUCGGUUAUUUCCACCGUGGGAAAUGUGUGUCAAUGUUGAACCUGGUUAGGGAAGCUGAGUGCCGUGGUACUGUUUCCAUUCUAGUUGUCCUCUCCCCAGUCAACCUCACGUAAGUUUUUUUGUAGAAAAACCUUAUUUUUCCUUGAGAAGCUACUGUGCCUACAGCCAGUGAACAACGAAGCCUUUGUGGCAUUAUCCCAGCCAGGAGGUCAGAUUAGAGAGUAGCGUCCUAUCUCUGGAUACCUGCGUUGCUCUUCGCUGGCAAAUAAAAGAAUUUGUUGUCUCA